GAAGAGAGCGAGUCCAAUGGAAGCCUUCGUCGUAGCCCGGAGUAGACAAUCGACCUGCAAUUUAGCCUAAAAAAGAGAACCUAUUUGCUCGGAUGGAGUUAUAAACUGCAUCUUUUACCUCCGUGGUCCGGAUCUGAGCUUCUUCCCCGGAAGAGUUUGCGACGCGCCGGUUCGGCCUGCUAGCGGCGGGCCUUGUUUAUACUCCCGAACAGGGCAGCUCGGAGCGGGGGAAGGAGGGGAAGGAGGCCCCGGUCCUGAGCCACUCGUUACGGCCGCUUCGGCUCCGGACGGCGGUUUGUGCGGAUCGGCCCUUUAGCUCACCAAAGAAUAUGACCCAGAUGCAACAAUGACGUCCAGAUUUGGUAAAACCUAUAGCCGCAAAGGAGGGGAGGGCACGUCCAAGUUCGACGAGGUUCUGUCCACCAAGCGAGGCACCCUCAGCACCAAAUGGGGCGACACCACCUACAAAGCCAAGGUGGGCUCCAAGCGGGCCGGCGCUCCCCGGAACGACUCGGUCCUGGAGGUGUAUAAGAGGCCCCGCCCCUGUGGGGACGGCCUGGACGACCCGUUCGGGUUCGACAGUGACGAGGAGUCCAAGCCAGUGUCGUCGCGCAGCGGCAGCAAGUCAUCGCCCGCCAAGCCGGCAUCGGCGGAGCCGCCGCGGGCCGAGAGGCCGGGCGUCUCUCUGGGAGCGGGCAGCAGGUCCAGCGUUCAGGGGGGAUCCGGCGCCCGGGCUUCGUCAUGGCUGCCCGGAGAGAAGAACCAGGCCAGGGCGGCGGACAACACAGAGCGGUUCUUCAACAGCAGCGGUGGAAGCAUAGGAUCGUCCAAACAGAGCUCCUCCACCACUGCCUCCUUAUUGCCGCCGUUUGAGAACCAACACAGCUACUCGUGGUACCAGAACGCCUCCGAGAGCGACAGGCAGCCGCUGGCGCAGACCACCACCCUGAAGACCGGGUCCGAGGCCGAGUCCACGUACGACUCCUGGGACGUUAUCAUGGGCCUCCGGCCGCCCUCGCCCACGCAGGAACCUCGCAACCCCGCCCCCACGCUCUCGUGGGCCUCGGCGGGAGUCACCGCCCCCGGCUUCGACCCGGCGCGGAGCCGGCACGAGAAAGCCCCGUCCCCCCCGCGGCUCGCCCACAGCGAGGAGCUCCGGGGCGACUCCGACCCGAUGGAGCCGUCCGAUUUCUCCCACACGUCCACUUCCACUUCCUCUUCACUUGAAAGAAACUCAAACUGUCGGACAUACAGGAGGCCGAACAAACAGGGCAAAACCCCGGACUCUAGCGGCUUCGCCAGCACAGUCUUUGGCUCCGAUCUUUCCAAACCUUCCUCCGACGGCAGCGCCAAAAGCACGAGCGGAGGGGGGAACCGGGGCCGGACGAGGGACUACACGGUGCUGCACCCCUCCUCCAUGUCCAUGUGUAACGUCACCUUCCAGGACCGCGCCGUGGAGGAGUUCAGUACGGACGCGGCGCCCUCCGGUGGCGGCAGCGGUGCCGGUUCGGGUGACACGACUCAGAUCGGAGAGGCGGGAUGGCAGCGGAAGAAGACCGAGCAACAGAGUACAAGGUUCAGACAGACGCAGACCAAGUCGAAGAAGGUCAGUAAGCCGGACCUGUUCGGCUUCGAGGACGCAGACCCCGCCCAGGACGAGAACAGCUCCGACAACGCCGACGGCCACUCCAGCUACAAGAUCAAAUACUUCGGCUUCGACGACAUGAGCGACAGCGACGGCGCCGGGGACGACAACGGCGAGGACUACGGCCGCCACAAAGAGAGGCGGCGGCGGAGGGCCAAGAUGGCCGUUGACAUGGAGACGACGCUGGUCCCGGAGGAGGAGACGCUGACGGAAGAGCCGCCCGAUCCGUUCGAGAGGCUGGAGAUGCUGGAACAGCCGGCGAUGAAGGAGGACAGGAAGAACUCUGAGAGGCAGGAGAACAAGGCCAGAUCAGUCCUGGACGUCCUGGACUUCUCGGAGGACGACCUCAGGGUGGUGGCGAGCGGGCCCCGGAGGCCGCCUCAGAGCAAAUCCGCCGACAAGAACCCAGACACCUUCCGGAGGAUCUUCAGCGCCCAGAAGAAGUCUCCCACCAAAGCUGUGUACAACGCCAGACACUGGACGGUGGACAGCGAGGAGGAGCCUCCUCCGCCUUUCUUCUCACGGACUCACUCGGCCCCCGCGUCGGUGUCAUCCGGAGGACCCAGCAAGGAGCCCCAGGAGUCCCAGAAGGACGACGGCGUCUUCAAGGCCCCGCCCCCUCCGCCCAAGGUCACGAAGUGUGUGACCGUGCCCACGGAUCCCUACCAGGACACGGUGACGACGCUCAAGUGUCGCAAGGAGCACAAAGAGCUGUACACCGUCGUCCAACACGUGAAGCAUUUCAACGACGUGGUGGAGUUCGGGGAAAACCAGGAGUUCACGGAUGACUUCGAGUACCUGGCGACUGGUCUGAAGAGCGGACAGCCUCUCAACACCCGCUGCCUCAGCGUGAUCAGCCUGGCCACGCGCUGCGCCAUGCCCAGCUUCAGGAUGCACCUCCGGGCCAGAGGGAAGGUGGCUCAGGUCUUCAAAACGCUCAACGACGCCCCGCAACACCCGAACUUGGCUCUGUGCACGGCGUCCCUCAUGUACAUCCUGAGCAGAGACCGCCUCAACAUGGACCUGGACCGGUCCUGCCUGGACCUGAUGAUCCGCCUGCUGGAGCUGGACCAGGACCAGGGCGCCGGCGCCGACUCCACGGUCCAGUUCAGCGCCCGAGAGAUCGCCAAAAUAAAGGAGAAGAUCAGGAAGCUGUGCGACACCGUGCACAACAAGCACCUGGACCUGCAGAACAUCACGACGGGUCAUUUAGCCAUGGAGACGUUACUGUCGCUGACCUCCAAGCGGGCAGGAGACUGGUUCAAGGAGGAGCUGCGGCUGCUGGGGGGCCUGGACCACAUCGUGGACAAAGUGAAGGAAUGCGUGCACAACUUGAACCGCGAGGACGACAAGGAGAAGCUGGUGUCGUCGCUGUGGGGGGCCGAGAGGUGUUUACGGGUGCUGGAGAGCGUUACGGUCCAUAACCCGGAGAACCAGAGCUACCUGAUCGCCUACAAAGACUCGUCGCUCAUCGUCUCCUCUGCCAAGGCUCUGGCGAGGUGUGAGGCCAUGAUCCAGCGUUACAGCCGGGAGGUGAACGCUGACGGAGCCGUGGUGGGGAAGGCGGUGGAGGACUGCAUGAGGGCCAUCAUCGGAGUCCUGCUCAACCUGACGCACGACAACGAGUGGGGCAGCACAAAGACGGGCGAGCAAGAGGAUUUAAUAGUGACGGCUCUGAACUGCGUCCUCAAAGUCCCUCAGUAUCUUCCUCAGGAGCAGCGGUUCGAUAUCCGAGUGCUGGGUCUGGGCCUGCUGAUUAACCUGGUGGAGUACAGCGCCAGGAACAGGUACUGCCUGAUGGAGAUGGAGAUGGAGGGAGGUCAGGGUCCCUGCGACUCCACCGUGCUGCUCAACCCCCAGAACCAGAACCAGAACCUGAACCAGGACAUCGGCUGCAGCACCGGGCCACUCAGCGCCAUCGCAGCACUCGUACAGCUCUUCCUCCAGCGCGAGCGAGCCGCCGUGCUGGCCGAGGCGCAGACUGAUGACCUCAUCAAGGAGGCGCCCAAGCCGGCGCUGGACCAGAGCGGCGAGUGGCAGGAGACCGGCGGGGAGAUCCAGUGGGUCGCCAACGACAACCAGGCCGACAAGCCGGACGAGGGCAAGAAGAAGGCGGCGGACGAGGAGGAGGAGGAGCUGGAUCUCAACAAAGCUCUGCAGCAUGCAGGGAAGCACAUGGAGGACAGCAUCGUGGCCUCAUACACAGCACUGCUGCUGGGAUGCCUCUGUCAGGGGAGCCCUUUGAAUGUGACUACUGUGAGAGAGAACCUGCCCAAAGGAGAUUUCUCCAUCAUGACAGAAAUGCUGAAGAAGUUCCUGAACUUCAUGAACCUCACCUGUGACGUCGGCACCACCGGACAGAAGUCCAUCUCCCGCAUCAUCGACUAUCUGGAGCACUGCUAGGAGACACACACACACACGCACACACACACGCGCACACACACACACACACACACACACACACACACACACACACACACACACACACACCUCAUUCUUCUCUCAGAUAACAUUUGCAUUCUUUUUUUUGUGUGUCUUAGUUCUGUCUUCAUGAAAAUCCCCUGAAAUUGCUGAGUUUUGCAGCAAUGAUCCUUUUUUCUUCCCUGCCAUUGUUCAUUUUUCCUCUUAAGCGUGGCGUCUCUUCGCCGUCUGCCCUCUCUGCCCGGCCGCCCGUUCACAUCGAUCUUCCCCAGAUUGGACUGAAGCUGCCGUUUGAUUUUCCAGCGGCUCUCGGCUCCGCUCGGUGAAAGAAAACUACUGACCACAAUAGCCGCUCCGCUCCCGCUUUGAAGGCGGCGACCCCGAGUCGCCCGCCGCCGCCUGGUUCCUCUCACGCUGCGUCCACCUCUCAAUCCGUGGCCCCUCCCCCCCUCCAUCCCCCCGCUCACACACCUGACAUGCCGCCGCUCCGCGGGCCGCUCAAACUUCUUCCUCCCAAAGUUUUCCACACAAUCGAUCGCUCCACAUCAGAGCUGCGAGUCCCCCGCCGGGCCCGAGCCCUCCCAGACCCAGAACCUGUCCUCCUCCAGCUCCUUUCAAUUACGCCGCCUUCAGCCGCGGCACAAAGGACGGCGGGACGCUCGGGUCCGAGGGGUGAAGGCAAACCGGGUUCUGUCUUUUUGAAAGCCCGGCCACCAGCGGAGCGGCUUUCAGCUCCAAGCCUCAAACCCAAAAUCCUCUGAGAUUCUUUCCCUCUUCUUCAGACCGAGAGGAAAAUAAUCCCCAAACAGAUUUUUGCCUUUUCGUGGUUUUAAGCUGCCACUUUGUGUCGAGAAAUUGAAGGGAUAAUGAGCUGCAACUUCCUCCCUCAUCCCAGCUGAGAGUCCAGGACGACAUUUCCCAUGAUGCCUCGGGAGUGCAAGCACACUUUUUCAUUUAAAUUCGAUCUUUUUAAGCGUGAAGCUACCAAAGUAUCUGAUUCAGCUGUCAAUCAUCACGUCCCGCCUCCCUCUUUAUUAAUCUUAAUUUAAUCCUUUAUCUGUUUAAACGUGAUGGAAAUAAUAAAUAAAAUAAAUGGAAAUAAUAAAUUAAGUUUUCCCACGUUCCUCAGCCGUUUGCGUCGGCGCAAUACCGUCUUUAUCCAACAGGUGGCAGCAGUGAGUCAACGCUCCCCUGAGUUUCUCUAUUUUCCGUUAAUGUUGGUGUCAAAAUCUUCUGUUCUUGGACUGAAUGAAGCGACUCGCUGCUCCACCUGGUGGCCCGAGGCGGUACUGCAGAGGGAAUCCGCUUUAUUUCUCCGUUUGUUUGACUUGUGUCAUCCUGUUCUGUGUUCAUUCUUCAUGUAGACACACACACACACACACAAACACUCUCUCUCAAACACACACACACACACACACACACACACACCCACACACACUCCCACACUCUCCCCCCUUUUUUUUUUUAAGAAAAAAAGUUUACAAGAGCUUUAUUCACAGACGUCUGCGAGAAUGAAUGGAAGAGCUUUCUGUACAUAGUUCCUGUAAAUAGAUGUCGGGUGGGUCGAGGUCA